ACAACCAUGAGCGCCGUACAGGCAAAGCAGGUCAACCCCCUCCUCGCCGCCUACCUUCGUAGCCUCUCCGCAAAUCCCCUCAGGACGAAGGCGAUCACCACCGCCCUCCUGCAGUUCUUCCAGGAGAUCCUCGCCUCGCACCUCGCAGGCGCGCCCCCGCCGCGCGUCGCCAAGGACGCGCCCCUCCUCGUCCACCUCCUCGCGCGCGCCCAGGUGUCGGGCAAGGCGUUCAAGAUGGCCGCCUACGGCGCGCUCAUCUCCGCGCCCCUCUCGCACUCGCUCGUCAACGCGCUCCAGAAGUUCUUCGCCGGCAAGACGGGCCUCCAGGCGCGCCUCGGGAUGCUGCUCGCGAGCCAGCUCAUCGUCGCGCCCAUCCAGAUCUUCUCGUACUUGUCGUGCAUGGCCGUCAUCAACGGCGCCAAGUCGGUCGACGAAGUCGCCAAGACGCUUCGGGCAGGGUUCGGCAGGGUCUUGCGCAUUACGUGGAUGACGUCGCCCGUGUACACCGUCUUCGCGCAGCAGUUCCUGCCCCCGGAGAUGUGGGUCCCCUUCUUCAACUUCAUGCAGUUCCUCACCGGGACCUACUUCAACACCAAGCUCAAGAAGCUGCGCCUCGAGGCGGACGCCAAGGCCAAGAAGGAGCGCGAGGACAAGAAGGACUGACCGCACUACCACAAAACAGGUACCACACAUAGCACGGCUGCUGCAUUUCUUGGUUUACAAGCCCGUCCUCUACUGCACAUUACCCACGUCCGUAUUCUGGUCCUAUAUAGUAGUGCAUAUAUACACACCCAACUACUUGAGCCGCCCG